ACGGCCGUCUACAAUCCAAAUGGUAUUGAUCCGGUGAAACUGAACGAGUGGAAAUGCAAACAUGGCACACUGAAGGGUUAUCCGGAUGCGAAAGCAUACGAACCGUUCGACGAGUUGAUCUAUCAGAAAUGUGAUAUCUUUGUACCGGCUGCUUGCGAGAAAACAAUUCACAAAGGAAACGCUGCAAAGAUUCAAGCCAAGGUGAUCGUCGAAGCAGCAAAUGGACCGACAACACCAGCUGCCGAUAAGAUUCUACUGAAACGCGGUAUUCUUUUGGUGCCGGAUUUGUUCGUUAACAGUGGUGGUGUUACGGUAUCAUAUUUCGAAUGGCUGAAAAAUUUGAAUCAUGUCAGCUUCGGCCGAUUGUCAUUCAAAUACGAUAAGGAGAGCAGUUAUGGACUACUCGGAAGUGUGGAGGAAUCACUGAGGAAGAGCGUUGGAAAGGAUAUCAAAAUAAAGCCAUCGGAAGCGUUCCGGAACCAUUUGGAUACUGCAUCCGAGAAAGAUUAUGUGAACUCGGGUCUUGAGUACACAAUGCAACGUUCAGCCAAGCAAGUGAUCGCAACGGCACAUAAAUAUAAUCUUGGACUCGAUUUGCGUACGGCUGCAUAUGCGAAUGCAAUCGAGAAGGUUUAUAACACGUACCGAACACUUGGAUUCGCCAACUAA